AUGCCGUUCACCUACCUCAUCACCGGUGCAUCUCGCUCGCUCGGCCUCGGCUACGCCAAGGAGCUCCUCGCGUCCAGCCCCGACGUGCGCGUCGUCGCCGCCGCGCGCAACCCGUCCUCGGCCGAGGGCCUGCAGGCGCUCGCCAACGAUGCCGCCAACAAGGGCCGCGUCUACCUCCUCCAGCUCGACGUCGAGAACAAGGAGCAGGUUGCAAACGCGGCAAAGGAGCUCGAGGACAGCGGCUUCCUCGGCGAGAGCGGCCUCGACGCCCUCGUCAACAACGCCGGCGUCGCGGCCGACGCCAAGUUCAAGCCUUCCGAGCUCGAGCCGGAGCACGUCCUGUCGAACAUCGGCGUCAACGUGUUUGGCGUCCUCAACGUCACCAAGCAGUUUGUCCCGCUCCUCAAGAAGGGCCAGGGCAAGCAGAUCUUUGUCCUUUCGAGCGUGUGCGGCUCGAUCGAGGAGUUUGGCAAGAACACGAUGGUGACCGGCUACUGCAUCAGCAAGGCGGCGGUCAACAUGUACACCGCAAAGCUCGCGAGCGAGCUGGGUCCGGAGGGCUUCACGGUCAUCAUGUUCCACCCCGGAUACGUCUCGACCGACAUCAACAACAAGAGCGGAGAGAUCGAGGUGGAGGAGGCGACUGCGCUCGCGCUCAAGAACGUGUUCCAGGCGGCUAAGCCCGAGCUCAACGGGUCGUUCCUGCGGUACACGGGCGAGAAGAUGCCGUGGUAG